AUGCUGGGCGAAAGAUUGCAGCAUUGUACUAGACAAUGCGGGGUUGUCCUAGAAUAUGAUCCUCAUGGUCCUUUCCAACUACAGUUCCGUUAUCUGAUUCCAAGCAAAUGCAUGCAAGAGCAGGAGAACAGUGGCAGCUAUUGCCCAUCUGAACUGGUAGGGCAAAAGGCAGGGAGCCCAACAGUGGGUGGUGCCAGAGCCAAUGACAACAACAACAACUUAUUAUUUAUACGCCGCCCAUCUGGGUGGGCUUCCCCAGCCACUCUGGGCGGCUUCCAAAAAAAUAUUAAAAUACUGUAA